AUUGCACUUUAUCCAUUUCGAUUCUCUAUCCACCACAAUUGAAUUACUUACUCAACUGAACUUCCAUUCUCUGCUUCUUCCUCCUAUGUCUCUCUUCUCACAAACCAUAGAAAGUGAGAAUAAUCGAUUAAAUUCAUAAUCUAACCAACUAACUUUUUUGCAUUUCAAUUUAUGCUAUGAUUCUAAACGUAUCACCUCCUUCCUUCUCUCGCACACUUCCUCACCCUUCAAUUAAACUCUCUGAAACUUGUUCCAACCGCAACACCAACGCUUCUUAUCCUCUUCUCAUUUUCACAACUUCAUCGUUUCCUAAACCAUUCAAAUUUCUCAAUCUCAAAGCUUCCGUUAGCGAAAGCCAAAAUGAAACUUCUAAUUCCAACUUAUUGGAUCAACAGUUUCUUCUCCGAAUUGCUGCAACCGCUAAAGACGCUGACGAGGCAUUGCAGUUAAUUGCUGAUAACUCUUCCACUAACGGUGGUAUAGUUUCUACCGCUGAUUGUUGCUCUAUUAUUUCCAACGCGCUUGAUCGGAAUAAUCACCAACUUGCUUUGUCCAUUUUCUAUGCCAUGCGCUCCACUUUUCAUCAAGUUGGUGAGACUGGCCCUUUAGUCGAGAGAUGGAAGUGGUCAAGGCCAAAUGCACGCGUUUAUACAAUGUUGAUUCAGGGGUUGGCUGCAUCUUUGAGGGUUUCAGAUGCUCUUAGUGUGGUUAAAUAUAUCUGUGAAGUGGGUGUCUCUCCUUCUGAGGAGGUUCCCUUUGGGAAGAUAGUGAGGUGUCCUAGUUGUCAGAUAGCUGUUGCAGUUGCACAGCCACAGCAAGGUAUUCAGAUAGUAUCUUGUGCAAAGUGCCGCUACCAAUACGAACUUGUUUCAGGAGACAUAGUCAGCAUUCAAUCAGAAGAAAUCAGCAUGGACGUUGCAGCAUGGGAAAAGGGGUUAAGAUUCCUGAAACUGAUGAAGCAAGGCAUUCCUUCUGCUGUUCACUCUAUUGUGGUGCAGACCCCUUCUGGUAUGGCUCGAACUCACAGAUUUGCAACUGAGACAGUUGAUCUACCAGCACAAGAAGGCGAAAGGGUAACUGUUGCUGUGGCAGCUCCAUCAAAUGUAUAUAGAAAGUUGGGGCCCUUUAAAGUAAGUUCAAGAUCCCCGGAUUUAUAUCCUGGUGAGGCUAUGUGCAUAACAAACCACAAAGAUGGACGGGAAUCACGUCUUGUAAGAGCCCCUAGAAAAGAUGAAAAUUCAUCAUUACUAAAACCUUCCAUUCUCUUUCCACUUAUUGCUUUGUUUGCCACCGGUGAUGCUGCCUCUGGACUUAUUGACCCCAGCCUGCCUCAAUUCCUAUCAGUUGCUGCAGUUUCAUCUCUUGCUGUUGGCUCUGCAUUGAAUUCCUUUGUUUUGCCCAAGUUUAAUCAGCUUCCGCAAAGAUCAGUGGAAGUAACUGCUAUCAAACAACGUCUUUUAUCUCAAUAUGACAUGCUUCAGUCGCGCAUCAAUGACCUAAAAGAAGCAGCUGAAAAAGAGGUUUGGAUGUUAGCCCGGAUGUGCCAACUUGAGAAUAAAAUUUCAGCUGUUGGAGAACCUUCUUAUCGGGCUCGGAUAAGUAAAGUCAAAAGGGUCCGAGAGAGCCUGCAAAACUCCCUCCAGGGACGAAUUGAACUGAUUGCUAGCUAUGCUAGGAUUUCCUCAAUGAUUGAAAUUGAAGUGGAGAUGGAAACUGAUGUUCUGGCUGCUGGAACUACUAGUGAUGUGGAUGGUUUCACUGAUCAGAUAGAGCAAAUCAUGGAGCUUGAAAAUUUAGAGGAGAGAUGGAAAAUGCAAGCAGAAGCAAAUGAUGAGGCCGAAAGACUUCUUAGCUCCCAACCAGUCCCUUUGGACGAAGUUUAAAGAUUUAUAGAUGUGUCUGAUUAGUACUGCUACAUCAUUAGUUUAGUUGAAGCCUCACUUCCAUGCUCAAUGAUCUGUUCUUGAAUGAGCAAAAGAGCAGCUUCCAGUCACCUUUAUCUUUUUAGCAUACAGAUUUUUGAAAUUUUGGUAUCUUAGAACAAUUGCCAUCAUCAAUUCUCGAGAAGGACUGCCUUGUAUAUUAUGAUCAUAAAUAUGGGAAUUGGCAUCUAAUUGCAAAUAUUUGUCAGCCCCGAAACCCAAUCUCCUCUUGGCUUUUAAGUCAGAGGUAAAUAGCAGCAUAUGAUGUUGUAAAUCCUCUGUUAAUCAUCUUGGUACUGUAUUGGUUAAGGAUCAUAUUGUUAAAAUAUCUGUGUUUAUAUUGUGUGAAUUGACUUCAAUCAAUUUAUCAGAAUGUAUCCAUUGACCAA